AUGAAGCUGUUCACAGGCCUCAUUUUCUGCUCCUUGGUCCUGGGAGUCAACAGCUUGUUAUCGUUCCUUGGUGAGGCCGCCCGAGGGACUUGGGACAUGUUGAGAGCCUACUCUGACAUGCUAGAGGCCAAUUACAAGAAUUCAGACAAAUACUUCCACGCCCGCGGGAACUAUGACGCUGCACAAAGGGGCCCUGGGGGCGUCUGGGCUGCUAAAGUGAUCAGUGAUGCCAGAGAGAAUACUCAGAGAUUCACAGACCUUUUCAGGCAUGGAGACAGCGGCCACGGAGCGGCAGACUCGAGGGCUGACCAGGCUGCCAACGAAUGGGGCCGGAGUGGCAAAGACCCCAAUCACUUCAGACCUGCUGGCCUGCCUGACAAGUACUGAGCU